GAGUUCUUUCAUUGGACUACAACCUCUUGUCUGCUUGAUAAAGAGCGGAAAACUGUUAAUAAACGUAUACACCAUCUCCGAGUUAAGGGAUUAGUAAGAGCAUCCCCCACGUUCAAAAAUAUUCUAUUGUCGUGAACAACCAGAUCGUCUUAAAGCAUGGAGCAAUUAAUUCCAGUCAUUAACAAACUUCAAGAUGUUUUUCACACAGUUGGGGCAGACACAAUUCAGUUACCACAGAUUGUUGUUGUCGGCACUCAGAGUUCGGGGAAAAGUUCCGUCCUUGAGGGUCUCGUAGGACGUACAUUUUUACCCAGAGGAACUGGUAUUGUUACACGAAGACCUUUAGUUUUACAACUUAUAUACACGCCAUUGGACGAUAAAGAACACAGGUCAGCUGAUGAAGGGACCCUUCACUUGGAGGAGUGGGCAAAGUUUUUGCACCUCAAAAAUAAAAUAUUUACAGACUUCAACGAAGUGUUAAAAGAAAUUGAGCAUGAAACGGAACGAGUAGCAGGGCACAACAAGGGAAUAGCCCAUGAACCGAUGAAUUUAAAGGUUUACUCUACCAAGGUUGUUAAUCUUACACUUGUUGAUCUUCCUGGUAUAACCAAAGUUCCUGUUGGUGAUCAACCAGAAGAUAUUGAAGCAAAAAUUUAUGAACUGAUUUUCAGUUUUAUCAGCAACCCAAAUAGCUUGAUUUUGGCUGUGACUCCGGCAACCACAGAUUUGGCAACUUCAGAAGCCCUCAAACUUGCAAGAGAGGUUGACCCAGAGGGAAGAAGAACCUUAGCUGUGAUGACCAAGUUAGAUCUCAUGGAUGCAGGGACUGAUGCCAUUGAUGUUUUGUGUGGCAGAGUUAUUCCGGUUAAACUUGGCAUUAUUGGUUUGGUCAACCGCUCUCAAAAAGACAUUCAAAAUAACAAAAGCAUCGAAGAAGCAUUAAAAGACGAAAUGAGUUUCCUCCAACGUCGUUACCCUACAUUAGCUACCCGCAAUGGAACCGCAUAUUUGGCGAAAACCUUGCAAAGACUGUUGAUGCACCACAUCCGUGACUGCCUCCCUGAGCUUAAAACAAGAGUAAACUUGAUGGUGUCGCAAUUUCAGGCUCUACUUCAUUCAUAUGGGGAUCAAGUGAAAGACAAAAGUCAAACUUUGCUUCAAAUUAUAACCAAGUUUGCGUCAUCGUAUUGCGCAACAAUCGAAGGCACAGCCAGGAACAUUGAAACUACAGAACUGUGUGGCGGAGCUAGGAUUUGCUACAUUUUCCAUGAAACUUUUGGAAGGACCCUAGAUUCGAUUCACCCACUCUCCGGUUUAACUACAUUAGAUAUACUCACUGCUAUUCGCAAUGCAACAGGUCCAAGACCUGCUUUGUUUGUCCCAGAGGUUUCCUUUGAACUACUUGUAAAACGUCAAAUUCGCCGCCUCGAAGAUCCUUCGCUGCGGUGCAUCGAAUUAGUGCACGAAGAGAUGCAAAGAAUUAUCCAGCACUGCGGAACGGAAGUUCAACAGGAAAUGCUCCGCUUCCCGAAAUUGCACGAAAAAAUUGUAGACGUAGUCACUUCUUUGUUGAGGCAGCGUCUUCCUCCAACCAACGUCAUGGUGGAGAACCUUGUAGCCAUUGAACUUGCGUAUAUCAACACUAAGCAUCCCGAUUUUCAUCGAGAAGCAUCUCUUGUGUCGACGUUGAUGCAUACUCAUGUUGAAGAGGCUCCCGCCCAUAAACUUCAACCUUCCAAACAAUCCACGAAAAAGCAAACAGUGCCCUAUCCGCCCGGUAUUGUCAACGGCGAUUCUCCGUCAAAAGAAAUUCGCGUUCAGAAAACAUCCAUGUCGUUGGUAGAAAGCAACGGUGUUGGUGCUCCUAAUGUUGUACAAACCAAUUGGUUGACCAAUUUGCUACCCGUCGGACGGGAUGAAUUCGCGAAUGACACGUCUGCCGAAAACACCCCGACUGCGACGCCCACUCAUCAUGCCGCGUCCACGCCACUUCAAAAUCCUUUUGGACACCAGAAACCGGUCAAUCUGCUGUCCGAAGCUGUGCAUCAGCCCGAACGAAAAUUGUCUGAAAGGGAGAAAAGGGAUUGCGAAGUUAUCGAACGGCUGAUUAAAGCCUACUUUUACAUCGUCCGUAAAUCGAUCCAAGAUUCCGUACCGAAAGCUGUGAUGCAUUUCCUGGUCAACCACGUCAAAGAUAACUUGCAGUCAGAAUUAGUAACUCACCUCUACCGUCCUGAUCAAAUUGACUUGUUGCUCUCUGAGUCGGAGCACAUAGCCCAGCGUCGCAAAGAAGCUGCUGAUAUGCUUGAGGCACUUCAGCGAUCCAGCGUGAUUAUUGGUGAGAUUCGGGAAACGCACUUUUGGUGAAGUCAAAUUUAAAAAAACAUUUCUCGGUUGUAGUCUGCUCUACCUUUCCGUGAUCUAGUCUCUAUUCUUUCUCUGUUAAACACUCGAUCGCUCAUCGGCAAAAUUUUUUUUUCUAGGGCCCUCUUUUUUCGGCCCUCCCCUUUAUUAUUAUUAUUAUUUCGUCCAACCGUAGUCUCUUUUCCCAACUAUUUUGCGAAUUAGGCAUCUGAAAGAUGUGUAGUUAUCUUAAAAAGCCCCUCCACAUAGUCUUUUUCAUUCCACAUUUAAAAUUGUAGUCCGCUACAUGUUAUUCUUAACUAUUAUUAUUUUCAGUACAAUAAAAGAAUGUUAAACUGCUU